UCAUCCUCAGGGAUGUUUCCCAGACCGUCGCCAAUAGCCCAUCAUGCAGUUCUAGUGCGACGUAAAUGAACUACAACAACAACAAUCUUACGGACGACAGCGAGUAUUAACUUCUUGGUGUACAGCGUUGUCAUUAAUUAUAUUAUAACGCUCAUCAUUUGAUGAAGAUUUUUCAGUUGUAAUUUAUACUUUUGCUCGAAAGUAGCAUUAAGUUUCCAGUUGAAAGAUCAAGUUUGGAUGAGAUCCUCCUACUUUACUGCAAUUUCGAUCGGUGGAGUUUAUAUCUAAAAAUGUUUUCAAUCUUGUCUGAUCUGAUACUGCCUAUUUGUUGCAAAUUCAAUAACUUUGCUCCUCUUGCGUUUAUGCUGGCUUUCUUCCUAGCUCUAUCUGUCGGUCAAGUCAGAUCCUGUGGAGAAGAACGCUUUAGAAUCAUCCUCUUGAUUCAAUCACUUGUACCACUACUUAGUCUAAUCAACGCAGCCAUGGCUGAUCAGAGUCUUGUAUCAAAGGCUUACAUCAUUUUCUUCAUCAUUAGUCAGGCACCUUCUGCUUAUAAGAACUGGGCAUUUGCGAACAGAUUUCUCUUCCACUUUGUGCACCUUUCCUGUUUUUUUCUACUGCAAGAUCAUCUGGUGGACAGCAAGUGGUUUUCAGAUCAAGACUCGUUGAUGAUCAAAAGUGUUUUUAACCGGACACUUUCUAGUUAAACAGGAAGCUUUUCUUGUUAAACUGUGAAAUUUAGUGAAAUUCAUAAUAUAUGUAAAUCGUGUUAUUAACCUUUUUUAAUAGAUUUAAUUGAAUUUUUAUCAUUAUAUUAAGAAAUGUUACUUCCUUAAAUUGAGUAUUGCAAAGAUUUUUGGCUAUAAAGUGGUUUUAUUAAAAGCUGUUCUUGGGA